AUGAAUACAGUGAAUAUUUUCAUCUUCCCAAUUCUGAGUAUUUUGUUGAUGGCAAUUUCUCAUAUGGCUCAUGCUCAAAAUUUGGAUCUUUCUCCAGCACCUGCUCCUACCAGUGAUGGCACUGCAAUGGAUCAAAAUAUUGCAUAUUUUCUUAUGCUGCUGGCGCUAGUGAUUACCUAUAUGCUCCAUUGA